AUGCUGGUGUUUAUUGUGUCCAUUCUCUUCCUUUUGCCACAUACGGUGUGCCAACACACCUCUAGUUGUACUCUCAAUUAUCUGCUCAGGAUCCCACAUGAAUACUACCAGCCUGGGGACCUCCUCAUCGGUGCUCUUGCUUCUCACAUCUUUGUUGCUCUGAACAAAGAAGACUUCCGUGGAAUCUUAACUACCCACCAACUCCCUAAUCUCUUUGUUGUGCCAAAGAACUACCAACACCUCCUGGCCUUGGUGUUUGCUGUCAAGGAGAUAAAUGAGAACCCCAAGAUCUUGCCUAAUAUUACAUUGGGAUUCCACAUCUAUGACAGUUACUUCAAUCGAAGGGUGACUUACCAGGCCACCCUGGGCCUUCCCUCCACACAUGUACCCAACUACAGGUGUGACCUCCAGAAAAAUCUGAUGGCAGUCAUUGGAGGCCUUGACUUUGAUACCUCCCUCGACAUGGCAACCAUCUUGGACAUCUACAAGAUUCCCCAGCUCACUUAUGGUUCCUUUGCUCCAGAAGAUCCUGGUCAAAGCCAAUCCACUUCCAGCUAUAGGAUGGUGCCUAAUGAAGCCCAUCAGUACAGUGGGAUUGUUGAGUUACUUCUGCAUUUUGGUUGGACGUGGGUUGGGUUGCUUGCUGGAGAUAAUGAGAGUGGAGAAAGAUUUACGCAGACCCUCCAACAUCUGCUUUCCCAGAAAGGCAUUUGCCUGGCCUUCUCAGAGAGGACUCAGAAAACUAGACAUUUUGACGAGUAUUUUCACAUGCAUCACCACUGGACCCGAAUCUACCAGGUGAUUAUGGAAAGUAAAGCCAAGGUUGUCAUUGUCUAUGGAGAAACAAAGUCCAUGCUUGACUUUCGAACCAUGGUAGCACUAGGUGAAAUGGGAGAUGUGAAAAAGACACCGGAAGGUAAAGUGUGGAUUCUGACAGCGCAGCUGGAUUUCACAGCGUUGACCUUCCAAAUAACAUGGGACAUGGAAGUCUUCCACGGUUCCCUCUCCUUUGCAGUUCAUUCAAAUGAGGUACAAGGAUUCAAAAGCGUUCUUCAGGUCCAAAAUCCUUUUGAGGCAAAUGGAAAUGGCUUUCUCAAGGAGUUCUGGGAAGAGGUAUUUUUCUGUUCAUUUCCAGGUUUUAAUACAGAGGAGGCGGCCAGUGAAGCUUGCACUGGAGAGGAGAAGCUGGAGGAUCUCCCUUCAUCUGGUUUUGAGAUGACCAUGUCUGGCCACAGCUACAGUCUCUAUAAUGCUGCCUAUGCCACAGCACAUGCUUUACAUGUCAUGUUCUUGUCCAGGACCAAAUACAGGGGAGUGGAGGAAGGAGGGAUGCAGGAGCUUCAGAAGCUGCAGUCUUGGCAGGUAAUGCCUUUGAUGAGGUACAAUUUGUUUGACAUGAGCAUGCAGCUUCACCCCUUCCUUAAGAGGGUCUCAUUUAACAACAGUGCUGGAGAAACAGUUUCUUUUGGUGAGAACAGGGAAGUAGAAGCUGGAUUUGAUAUGACCAGCAUGAUCACUUUUCCAAAUAACUCCUUCGUGAGAGUCAAGGUUGGAAGAGUGGAUCUGGAGGCUGCCCCAGGUCAGGAAUUUUCCAUUGAUGAUGACAAAAUAGUGUGGCACAGGAACUUUUCCCAGGUUCCACCUUUAUCUGUAUGUAACCCCAGUUGUCCUCCUGGAUCCCACAAGAAAAAGAAGGAGGGAGGGAAAUUCUGCUGCUAUGACUGUGCUCCAUGUCCGCAAGACAAGAUAUCACCCCAGAAGGACAUGAUUGACUGUGUUGGAUGCUCAGAAGAUCACUAUCCAAACAAGGACAAAACACAAUGCAUUCCAAAGAUAAUAAGCUUCCUGACUUAUGAAGAACCACUUGGGUUGAGCAUAGUGUUUAUUUCUCUCUUUUUCUCUCUGAUUACCAUUUUGGUUCUAGUAAUCUUCAUCAAACAUCGGGACACACCCAUUGUCAGAGCAAACAAUCGGGACCUCACCUACACUCUCCUCACUUUCCUCCUGCUCUGCUUUCUCUGCCCAUUGAUCUUCCUUAGCCCUCCAGAAAGAGUGAGCUGCCUGCUCCGACAAAUGGCUUUUGGCCUUGUUUUCACAGUGACUGUUUCUUGUCUGUUGGCCAAAACCAUCACUGUGGUUCUGGCCUUUGUGGCCACCAAACCAGGAUCCAGAAUGAGGAAGUGGGUGGGGAAAAGACUGGCAAGCUCCAUUGUGAUUUCUUGUUCCCUUAUCCAAGUGGGCAUUUGCACUGUGUGGUUAGGAACUUCUCCCCCAUUCCCUGAUUCCGACAUGCACUCUGUGAUGAGAGAAAUCAUUCUAGGCUGUAAUGAAGGAUCAGUUGCCCUAUUUUACUGUGUCCUGGGCUACAUGGGAUUUUUGGCCAUUGUCAGCUUUGUAGUGGCAUUUUUUGCCAGGAAACUGCCGGAGAGCUUUAAUGAGGCCAAAUUCAUCACCUUCAGCAUGUUCAUGUUUUGUAGUGUUUGGGUCUCCUUUGUUCCAGUCUACCUGAGCACCAAGGGGAAAUACAUGGUGGCUGUGGAGAUCUUCUCCAUCUUGGCCUCCAGUGCUGGUUUACUUGGUUCCAUCUUUGCUCCCAAAUGCUACGUUAUUAUUCUGAGGCCUGACCAGAAUAUCAGAGAGCAAUUAAUUAGAAAGUGA